GUUAAAUACUAAUACACAACAAACAAACAAAAUAUUAAAAUUUAUUCAAAUUAUAAUUUCUACUCAAAUUAAUUGGGAAAGUAAGAUAGAUAACCAAAACUAUAAAAAAUGAGCAGUUCAAAAAAAACAGCGAUUUUAAACCUUUUAAUCCUUACCUUCGUUUUAGUAGCUAAUAAUAGUGCUUUUGCCCAUUAAGAAUACUCAUGCUCGCACGAUAAUGAUGAUCUAAUUAAAGAAACACAAAGAAAGCUUCAUGAAUACUUUAAAUAGAAUCCUAUUAACUACACUGAAGAUGAAUAAGGUAGAAAUUUAGGAUCUUAAACUAUUUAACCUAUCAGAAUAACAACAGACUUUACUCGUUUAUCUGCACAAUCAAAUGGACCAGCUAUCACUACAGAUUAAAUAAACUAUUUAACUUCUGUAUCAAAAACUGUAGUUAAUUUUGUUUCUAAUUUCAUCAAAGUUUAACCAAACCCUACAAAUAAUAUUUUUAAUCCUUAAUAAACAAGUGAUAAUACUUGUAUCACUGUUGUUCCUUCAUAAAGUGAUUAGUCCACAGGUAUUCCUAAUUCAGAUCUCCAUUUAUAUUUCAUAUUCAACAGUGAUCCUACAGCUGGAUAUUUGGCAAAUGCUGGCUUUUGCAAUCUUUAACAAACCUCUACAUAUUUCAGACCAAAUUUUGGUAGAGUCUUAUUUAAUAUCGCUAAUAUGAAGAACUCUGGUACUAAUUUAGAGCAAUAUUAAAAUGAUGUUAUGGUUACAUUACAUGAAGUUAUCCAUGUCCUAGGUUUUUCUUACGGCGCAAUGGAAAACUGGUAUAAUAAAGCCACUAAAUAAUUAUUAGGGUAAACAGCAGCCAAUUAACUAAUAACUACUCAAACUCUGAGAGGAAUAUCAACUAAAUUAUUAGGAUCACCAAAUGUAUUAGCUACAGCCUAAAAAUACUUUGGAUGCCAAACCUUAUAAGGAAUGCAAUUAGAAAAUUAAGGUGGUUCAGGUUCUUUAAACUCACAUUGGGAGAGAACAAUUAUUAGAAGUGAAAUAAUGACUGCAUCUGCCCUUACAGAAGGUUUAAAUUUAACUUUUUUUACUGUUGCCCUUCUCAAAGAUACUGGAUAUUGGGAUGAUGUUAAUGAAAAUUUAACUGAUCCUAUCUACUGGGGAAGAGGAAAAGGCUGUGAUUUCUUCCAAAAUGCUUGCAAAAGUUCCACUCAAUAUGAAGAAUUUGUAGCAUCUGGUUAAUUGGCUUGCUCUUUUUGGGGUGAUGGCUAAGGAAUAGGUUCUAAUUCUGAUCCUUUUGAUGAUACUUGUAAUGUAGUUCAAAUUUAUAGUAAUUUCUUGUGCAGCGAUAUAGCUAAUUAAAGUUAUUAAAAUGAUCCUGCAUCAUUUAAUGCUGAUACUUCAAAUGAUUUUUCUUAUAAUUCUAAAUGUUUUGCUUCUACUGUAAUCAGUCCUACUCCUCAACAUACUUACGAAGACUAAAAUUUCAGAUGCCAUUUUAUGUAAUGUUCUCCUGAUAAAACAUAAAUUACAAUUACCUUCUCUCAAAUUCCCAGUACUUAAAUCGUUUGUGGAACCAGUGAUUAAUCUACUAAAAAGGAUGUAAUCUAUUAAGGUAAAAAUUUAGGCCAAGUAACUUGUCCAUCUAAUAUUGCAAGACUUUGUGACGACUAAUAGUGUGUUAACUUUUGUACUUAUAAUGGUAUUUGCAUUAGAGGCUAAUGCUUAUGUAAUCCUGGUUUUGGAGGUGUUGACUGUAGCAAAUAGUGUAAUGGCUAUUUUGAUUAGACAGGAAAUUGUGUGAGUUCAUGCCCAAGCAACACAUUUGCAAGCACUGAUAAUGUAUGUAGAACAACUUGCCCAAAUGGAACUUAUCAAGAUUCAGGUAGUGGUCUUUGCAAGUAAUGUGACUUCUCUUGUUCUCAAUGCACAGGUCCUAGUAAUUCAUAAUGCAAGGCUUGCUAAUUUUUAACAUAUUUGAGCAAUGGUUCGUGUGUUACAACUUGCCCAACUGGAUAAUAUGCUGAUGAAACAUCAAAGACAUGCAGUAAUUGUCCAGAUGGGUGCUCUAGUUGUACUAGUUAUACUAAUUGUACUGGUUGUAAAACUGGUUAUACUUCGAGUUCAGGAGCGUGUGUUGAUUCUUCAUGCACUGGUAAUUGCGCUACAUGCAGCAGCUCUAGUAAAUCUAGUUGCCUUUCUUGCACAUCAAAUCUUUAUCUUUAACCAGGAAAUACUUGUAACUCUACAUGCCCAUCAGGUUAUUAUUAAAAUUCAUAAAAUAUGACUUGUACUGCUUGUUCAACUGGAUGUAAAGCCUGUUCAGAUGGAAAAACUUGUACUUAAUGCGAUGCAUCUAGCGGUUAUAGGUAAUAAGGUAAUUCAUGUACUCUUUGUGCUUCAACUUGUGCAACUUGUUCUUCGUCGAAUCCCAAUUCUUGUUAAUCUUGUGAGAAUGGUUUAUAUUUAUUUAAUAAUUAGUGUGUAGUAACCUGCUAAAAAGGAUAUUUUAAUGGGCCUAAUUACACUUGCUCACCAUGUGUAACUGGAUGUGAUUAAUGUUCAAAUGGAAAUUCAUGUACUACUUGCAGCACUGGUUAUUAGCCCUUCACAUAUAAAAACCAACAGAUUUGUAUAAAUUCCUCCUCUUGCUUUUCUCCUUGUUCCACUUGUAGUGGUACUUUCUAGCCUACAACAUGUGCAACAUGCAAUCAAUCAUUCUAUUUACAAGGUACAAAUUGUGUAGCUUCAUGUAACUAAGGAUAUUAUGCCAACCAAUCUAAUUAAACAUGUGUUUAAUGUCCAGCAAAUUGUUCUGGAUGUUCUGAUGCCUCAACAUGCACAUCUUGUUCAAAUAACUAUUUCUUAUCCCAAAAAAGUUGUGUUUAAACAUGCCCUCAAGGAUAGACUGGUAAUAAUAGUUAAGUAUGCAUCUCAGCAACUAUUAAAACGUUUGCAGAAAGAAACUAUUUUGCAUUGAUGUUUUUGAUUUUAAUGAUAUUUUUAUCAUUUUGA